GUGACCCCCGCUGGCCGCGUGACCGCGGAGACGUGCUGGGGACCCCGCCUCUCCCCUCCCGCCCCCUCCCUUCCCGCCCACUCUCGCGCUCCGGGCCUGCGCCUGGUGCAGUCCGGGACGGACGGACGCAGGUGCGGCGCAGGCAGGCAGCGCGUCUGGCCCUCAGCAGAUGUGUCUGUGUCUCUCCCGUGGUUGCAGUGCUGUCUCCUGCAUUGGCUCCUUAGAGGGUCCAGCCCCAUCUGACAGCCUAUAACAUCUCUACCUAACUUAGCUGCCUAUAACACGAUGAGGCAGGAAGAUUGUUGUGGAUUCUAGGCCUGCCUGCGCUGCAAACCUCAUCCUCAAGGACAUAUUGCCUGAUGCCAUUACUGGUACCAAAGGAGAGGCCAACAGGAAAAGAAUCUGAAGACCAGUGUGGCAGUGCUCACCUGUAAUAUUCGCACUCAGGAGGCUGAGGCAAGAGAAUCAUUGUGAGUUUGAGGACAAGUUGACUGCAUUGCAAGACUCGGUCUGAAAACAGAAACAAACAGCAAUGACAACCAAAAAACAAAACUACAGGGAAAAUACAGGACGAUACAAGGAAAUCCCAAGGCACACUGGAAAGUAGCUGGACUUGGGCUGCUUGGGAAGAGUGUGAGCAGCCAGAAGUAACUCUCCAGACAGUCUGCCGCCUCGGAGACAAGCCUGCCAGUGCACAGCCACCUUUGGAACUCAGUCAGGUUUCAUAGGACGGCACUGUGGCCGUGAGAAUUUGCACUGUGUCUCCACAAGCAUGGAGCAGGACAGGACACCAGGUCGCUCUAGAGGAAAACCUGUUCUUCCCAGCCCUGUUGACCAAGGAAAACAAUCAGCUGAGCAAGGAAAUUGAAGAGCGCCUGAGUCCCAUCGUCACGGUCCUUUUCAAUGGGAGCGCAGACCGAGAAGUCAUCUGCAUUUCUGAAGGACUUUCCCUGUGGACAAGAGGACUGAAGGACAUCUUGGGCCAAGGCCUGCUCAGAAAGAUGUGGGACGUCAGGAAACCCCAGGGCAGCACAGCCCAGGUCAAGGGUGAGGUCUGCAAAAGUGGGAGGAUCUUCAAAAGCAAAGAUGAACUGUGGGUCUGAGUGGAAAGGGCUGAAGAAAGCUUAUUUAUUUAUUGGUACCAGGAAUCAAACUCACGACCUCGAGCUUGCCAGACAUAGACCUAAGGACCAGCAGAGCAGUGACGCCAUGCCGGCCUCUCAACCCACUGUUCAGCAGCAGCUGAACCCGGAGUGGGUGGCCAGGACGUUCUGGGGAGGCCUCAGCGUGCUCCGAGUUCUGUGGUGCCUGCUCCCGCAGACGGGCUACGUGCACCCUGAUGAGUUCUUCCAGUCGCCGGAGGUCAUGGCAGAGGAUGUCCUGGGCGUGCAGGCCACCAGGCCCUGGGAGUUCUAUGCCAGCAGCUCCUGCCGCACCGCGGUCUUCCCACUGCUCACCUCAGGCUCUGCCUUCUGGGUGCUCCGACUCUGGGAGGAGCUAGGGCCGUGGCCAGGCCCUGUGAGCGGCUAUGCACUGUUGGUAGGGCCCCGGCUCCUCCUCACUGCUCUGUCCUUUGCCCUGGACCGGGCCGUGUACCACCUGGCCCCGCUGUGGGGCGCAGAUCGCUGGCGAGCACUGGCCCUGCUAUCCGGUUCCUAUGUCACCCUGGUGUUCUACACUAGGACCUUCUCCAACGCCAUCGAGGGGCUCCUCUUCACGUGGUUGCUAGUGCUGGUGUCCCCUCAUGUGACAUGGGGCCUCACACCCACGAAACCUGCCCCAGUCCCAUGGUGGCACAGCUGGCUUCUUGGGGCCAUGGUGGCUGCUGGCUUCUUCAACAGGCCCACAUUCCUGGCCUUCGCGCUGGUCCCCCUCCUCCUCUGGGGACUGCGUGGAUCCCGGAAGCCCAGUGUCAAGUCCCUGGCCUGGGAGGCCGUGACACUACUCCCUGGAGCAGCCCUUGCUGCUGGGGUCUUUGUGGCUGUGGACAGCUGGUACUUCUCCAGCCUUUCCAGGUCUAGCAGCCUGGUCCUCACCCCUGCCAACUUCCUGCGCUACAACCUGGACCCCCAGAACCUCGCCAGACACGGCACACAUGCGCGGCUGACUCACCUGGCCCUCAAUGGCUUCCUGCUCUUUGGGGUGCUGCAUGCCCAGGCGCUGCAGGCUGCAUGGCAGCAGCUGCAAGCCGGCCUCCAGGCGUGGGCACAGAUGGGCCUGGUGAGAGUGCAGGGUGCCUGGAACCUGCUGUCCAACCCCCGGGCAUCCCUUCUCCUUCUCUACUUCGUGCCUCUGGUCCUGCUGUCCGCCUUCAGCCACCAGGAGGCUCGGUUCCUCAUUCCCCUCCUCAUCCCCCUGGUCCUGCUGUGCAGCCCACGGACCCACCCGAUGCCCUGGAAGGGCACCCUGGUCCUCUUCAAUGCCCUUGGUGCCCUCUUCUUUGGCUGCUUGCACCAGGGAGGCUUGGUACCCGGCCUAAGGGUCCUGGAGCAGGUGGUCCAUGCCCCCGUGCGCCCAGGCCUGCCGACCCACUACACGCUUCUGUUCUCGAGUACCUACAUGCCCCCCCAGCACCUCCUGCACCUCCCGGGCCUCGGGUCAUCUGUGGAGGUAGUGGACAUGGGUGGGAGCAAGGACUGGGUCCUGUGCCAAGCUGUGAAGAACUUCACCAGACAGCCGGCUUGCCAGGGGGCUGGCGGGCCAUGGCUCUGCCGCCUCUUUGUGGUGAUGCCUGGGACCACCAGGCACGUCGUGGAGAAGUGCAACUUCCCCCUCAAGAACAAGACGCUGGUGUUUCCCCACCUAACCCUGGAGGACCCCCCUGACCUGGCCUCCCUGCUGAGUAGGGCUUGGAGGGACCAUUUGAGCUUGCACAUUAUGGAGCUGGAGACGCCUGACAGUAAGACACAGCAGUCACUGCCCAAGGGGCAGCUGUAAAAGGGCCCCUCUGGCUGGGUUGGACAUAAGACAGGGCUGGUCCCCCUGCAUUGCCACUGCCACCUCUCCCAGGCAUGGCCAUUGCUGUUCUGCCUUCUGGGGGAGCCCAUGCUCUUCUCAGACACCCAGAUCUGAACUGUGACAGUCCUGAUGCUAAAGUCCCAAAGAACCCUGGUGUAACCAAUGGCACCUAGUAUCUGUCCCUACCCUACUGCUUUCAGCCACUGUUCAUGUUUUAAAUAUACAGCUGUCCCUAGUUGUGAAUAAAAGGCAAUAUGCCAAUGA